AUGGCGAUGACGAAACGAAGCAGUAGUAGUAUGAGUAGUAAUAGUAGCAUUCACUCGUACUCGUCCGCGAGCAAUGUCCGCGCUAGCUGCUACUCCGUAAACGCCGCUACCGCCAGCCUUCACGGCUUCCAUUACUCCACUACCCCCUCGGGAAUUCCAUCACCCCCUUCAAGUCCCCCCCUCGCCGCCAAAAAUGCGUCCACCGCCCAAGGUGGCAAGGCGCGCAGAGGGGGGGCAGCAUAUACCAUCACGGGAGAGUGUGAGAGACUCUUCUGCGAGACACUGCGAUCUGUAUUCCUGGGUGAGGGGAGCCAGCAUCGCCAGAACUCGCUAGUGAUGGGUAUGCCAUAUGACAACACUACGACUGCGACCACCGCUAUCACCAACGACUACGGUAUCGAUGCUCGUCGCUACUCGGACUCUUCGACCGAAUCUGCUGCGCCUGGAACGGUGCGGUUCGAGGAGGAGAAGGGUGCGAUAGCCGACUACAUUGAGAUGUGGGACUACGUUGGUGGCAUUAGGUUCCGGAGUUUCGUUGCUCAGAAGGAAGACGAGAGGGCCAUGUUCAUCUUUUUCGAUGAAUCCGUCAUCAACGGGGAUUUGAAAGCAGGUCUCAUGGCCCUUCUCGAACUCUGCGAAGUCGACUACUUCUCCUGCGACCGACUCGUCCUGUGCAUCGACCGCCACGUCGACCAAGCUGCUCUGGCCAACGUCACCAAGGAUCUGGGCUGGAUCGGCUUCGGCCUUACAACGCUCGACGAGUUCAGCCAGGGCGAAGAGUUGACAAGCAAGAAAUGGUUGUUCAUGGAUAUGGAGAUAUAAACGUACUGAGAAGAUGGGAACGUGGUUAGGGUUCUUGGUGUCUGUCGCUACAACACAGCAUAUGGUCCGAGUUUCUCUUUUCCUGGGGAGUUCCGCAUGACGGACUGGGGCGUUGGUUCUUCUUCCUAAGUAGCACGCAUGGAGUCCGGUCGCUUGGCUAUGUGUAUGGUUUCCUAGCAGGGUGUUUGUAGUUGAAUGCAAUAUUUGUAACCAGGUUCUAUCAGUACUCUGUGACGUGCCAAUUUCUCUGCCAGUGUAUGCCAGAGCCUGCCUCGCCGUGCGACUAAAGAACAAAUGCAUGUAUACAUCCGUCAAGUAGAUGAUAUCCAGGAACGCGGCUUGUCGUGCGCCUUCAUUCCUAUUCUUUUACUACCACAUUCCAACUCGCCGUUCAGUGCGUGUCCAA